UUCACGCCCCAUUCCGCUGCUUAAUUCCAACAUUUCCGAACGGAAGAGACCAGAACUCUGCAAUUGAAAUGCACCGUUCGUGAAAUUAACACACAUCUCCUUUUACUGCUCAGUGGCCCCUUUUCAUUUCUGAAAAAAACAAAAAUCUUACAUCUUACUCACAGUGUCUGUGGAAAAAAAAACUCUUCUAGUACCGAUAGGAGUUACUCCUUCCUCGAAAGCAAAUGUGUUCCGUCAGCAGAAGAAAUCCAUUUUAGGAAAACCGAGGGGAGAAGAGCCUGGGACUUUUGCCUCAGCAAAACAUUGAGUCGACCCUUCAUCUGUUGGUAUUUGGAAAGCGACCUUUAACCACGAGAGAGUGAGCGAGAACGGGCAGCUUCACCACAGCAAUGAUCACUUUCCAGGAGCGACACUCUCACCAGGUCCUAUUGUUCUGAACUCGAGAAACUGCUGAAGAUGGUGGUCCGAUGGGAGCUUGUUUACCUAAUGGGGGUCCUCUCCAUGCUGCCUGCCUUGAGCAGAGGUGAGGAAGAGAGUACCUCGGCGGGAGACAGCUGCCCACUCAGAUGCGUCUGCAGCUCCGAGGCGAUGGUGGACUGCAGCGGCGUGGACCUCAGCACCUUCCCCAGUAACAUCUCAGUCAACACCCAGCACCUGGCCCUACAGAAUAACCGGCUGGAAGACAUCCCCAUCGAGCACUUGUCCAGGCUCACUAAACUGAAGACCCUCAGCUUGCACAACAACAGGAUCCCAUCCCAAGGGUUACCGGAUAAAGUGUUUGCAUCUCUCCAGCAACUGGAGUACCUAUACUUGGCAAACAACAAGCUGACCGUCACGCCCAGGCGGCUCCCUGAUACCCUGAGCAUUGUCGACUUUGCUGGUAACCAGCUGACAGAGGUCUUCACCCUCACCUUCGGCCGCAAGCCUAAACUCAGGUCUGUGUAUCUCCACAACAAUAAUCUGACCAACGCAGGCCUCCCUAAGGCCAUGUUUAGUGGCUCGGACAUGGUCAAUAUUUUAAUCCUAUCCAACAAUAACCUGACCCAUGUUCCUGAGAGUCUGCCACCUCAGCUCACCCAGCUGCAUUUACAGAACAACAGAAUCUCGAAGAUUCCCAAAGAUGCCUUCAGUCAUUUAAAGCAUCUCCGAGAGCUGCACCUGCAAUGCAACAGGCUGUCCAAUGCAGGUAUUCAUUCUCAAACCUUCAGUAAAAUGAAGGGAUUGCAAUAUCUGGAUUUAUCCAGCAACAACCUGACCAAGGUGCCAGAAGGGCUGCCCGCAAACAUCGUCGUGCUACAGCUGGGAAGAAACCGGAUCGCCUCGAUCUCCAGGCACAGUCUGAGCAGGAUCAGGAACCUGGAGUACCUGCUGUUGCAGAACAACAGGAUCAUGGCCGGCAGGGUACACAGGGAAGCCUUCAGCAAGCUCCGAAAGCUGCACACCCUUCACAUCUUUAACAACCCGCUGGGUAAAAUCCCAGCUAGCCUGCCCCGGCGCAUCAGCUCGCUCAUGCUGCUCCACGACGCCAUCGAGAAGAUUGGCGCCAAGGACUUUGCGUCUGCCUCCUACCUGACCGAUCUCAACCUGAGCCACAACAAGCUGCGCAGCGCACGCGUCCACAGGCUGGCAUUCAGAAAACUUCGCCGGCUGGAAAGGCUCGAUCUGGCCUCCAACAUGCUGAGCGUGCUCCCCAGCGGCCUCCCACCCAGCCUGCACGCUCUGAGGGCCCAGAACAAUCAGAUCGGCCAACUCUCUGCCGACAUUCUGCUCGACAUGCACUCUCUGAAGGAGCUGUACCUUCAUCAUAACCUGCUGACCAUCGCCAAGAUCGCUCCAGGGGCCUGGAGGAACGUCCCCAACCUUAAGUUGUUGGAUCUGGGAUAUAAUGAUUUGUCCUACGUGCCUCCGGAUCUCCCCGAGUCCCUGGAGUACAUAUAUCUGCAGAAUAAUCGCAUUUCAACAAUCAACUCUGACUCCUUCAUCUCGACACCAAACAUUAAAGUGAUAGUCUUGAGGUCGAACAGGUUGACCUCUGCGGGAGUCGGGAAGGGAUCCUUCAGGGGCCUGAAAUAUUUGCAGGUUCUGGACCUGACUGGCAAUCCAGAGUACAUCAACGUCCUCCUACACAGCACCAGGCCAAGCUUCACACCAGCAGGCAACACCAGCACAGCAGUAAGCCAAAGAACAGCUGGCCGGCAGGGAUAAGACACUGCCAAGAAAACCUCAAUGUAUCGAAAGAAAAUGCUAACUGAAUAGCAGCUUAACACAGAGAUUAUACAUAGAUAACCAGCCAGAGACAAUCCAUCCAGUGACCAAGCAAUGUGGGGAAUAGUUACAACUGUGCAACAAUGGAAACUGCUGGAGAAUCUCUGCAUUAAAAUCAACAUAUACUUCCUCUAAUAGUCAGAUCUAGUUACAGUGGAAACAAAGCAUUUGGAUGGAGAAAUGUUUUAGCUACUGUCAUGAGCACAGAGCAGUCCCUUGAGAUUGAUGGUGAACAGGGAUCUUAUUCCCAAGCUUCGGCCACAGCUGCUGAAAUGCUUGAUAUUGAGAUACCAGUGUCAUGGCUUUCACUGGCCCCUGUGCAACAUCUUGGAAAUGGUCCUUCACAUUAAAGGGCACCCAUAUACAGUAGUUAGCAUUGCUGCCUCACAGUGCCAGGGACCUGUGUUCGAUUCCACCCUCUGACGACUGUCAGUGUGGAGUUUACACGUUCUCCCUGUAUCUGUGUGGAUUUCCUUUGGCUGCUCUUGUUUCUUCGCACAGACCAAAGGUACAGGUGGACUGGCCGUGAUAAGUUUCCCAAACUGUCCAGGGAUGUGCAGGCUGGGUGGGUUAGUCAUGGGAAAUGCAGGGUUACAGGGAUAGGGAUGCUGUUUGGAGGAUUGGUGCGGACUAGGUGGGCUGAAUGGCCUGCUUCCACACUGUAGGGGAUUCUAUGAUAGGUAUUGUGUUGUCUGGCAGGCAACGCAAGGUAAAGUUACCAAGGUCCCAUAGGGCUCCUCUCUCCGCCAGAGAUGACUGCGGGGUGGUUUGACCUGAAGGUCACCAAACCUCAGGCAGAGGAGGAGAGUCCUUUGUGGUAAUGUCAGAGCAGCAUGGAAUUGAACCCAUGUUGUUGACAUCACUCUGCAUCGCAAACCAGCCAUUCAGCCAACUGAGCUAAUCAACUCCUAGGCACUUCAAGUAGAGGAAGGAAAACACAACUACAUGAUUGGGGACGGGGUGGUGAGGCAAAUUUCCAGGGGUAUUUACUCUUAAUCAGGUCUUUUACUUCUCAAGUCUUCCUGACCCUCCAUAGAAUCUUUCACCUUGGCUUUUUCCCAGGCUUCUUGCUGAUGUGUUUGAACCUUCACAGGUACAGGAUCAAAGGGUGUGGUACCAAUUUCUAUUGGGCUAUCAGAGAGAAACUUUUGAUUUUUUUGCUGAAUUACACUACACACAUAAAGAUACGGAUCUAAUAUAAACAAAUGCUUGCCACAAGUAUAUAGCUAGCUGUCUAUUCUUUGUGACCUGAUUUUUUGAUCAUUUCCAUGUACACUAUGGUCCAGAUUCCAAUAGACCAAAGGCUU